AGUAAGCUGCAGAUUUGAUUUGAUUUGGGUAUUUGUUGUGGGGUCACUGUUUGGUCUCUACAAGAUAAAAAGUGCAAAUUGUUGUCGUGGUUUUUAUUCACUGAAUUUUUGAUGACUCCUCUCAUAUGAAGAUGUACAGUGUCUCUACUACUCAAAUUGGUUGACCAUUAUCUUACUAAAGAGUUCCAGUUUCACGCUGUGCUCUACACUGUGUGUUUUUCUCUACUUUACGAGAGAUUGCUCCUUACUUUGUAACCAUCGAAACCAAAUGGGGGAAGUACGUUUGAUGACAUAUUUUCAUUGCGUGGGUCUACUGGUGUCUCUGCUAAUGUUGAAGCAGGCUAGGAGUUUUGGAAGUCUGUGUAGUGGGCUAAAACAUCAGUUUUACCACAGUGCAGAAAACAAGGUCCUCAAAAACUAUGUACAGAAAUGGAAAACUGUUGCCAAUGAUGUCAUCUGUGGACGAGAUUGCAGCAUGGAUGAGGACUGUAAGUCUUUCAACUUCUAUGAGUGUAAGAAACUCUGUGAGCUGAAUAAUGCAACAAGAGCUGGGCAUCUCCAAGACUUUCUUGAAGAUCAAGGGAGUGUUUACUUUGAUGAAGAUGAGGACACAACUCACUACAUAUCAACUGAGUCCACAACUGCUCAUUCGAUCAGCCCGUUGCCUAAACUUGGAACUUGUAAGCAGCUCUUGAACACAGGAAACACCCAAAGUAAAGUGUAUCCCAUCUACCCAGGUGGCAGCACUACUCAGGCUCUGCAAGUAUACUGUGACAUGGAGACUGAUGGUGGGGGAUGGACUGUAUUUCAGAGGCGACUGGAUGGCAGUGUAGACUUUGACCGCAACUGGGCCGAGUACAAGUCUGGCUUUGGUGAUCCAUCUGGUGAGUACUGGCUUGGCAAUGAUAUCUUAGUGGCCCUGACCUCUCUAGGGUCAUGGGACCUCAGAGUAGAUCUUGAGGGAUGGGACGGUCAAACAGCUUAUGCAAAGUACCAAUAUGCUUCGAUUAUCGGUGAGAAUUACAAACUUAAUCUCGGUACAGUCACUGGUCCUGCUGGUGGCUCUCUGCCCUUUGGCCAGCCAUUUACAACUAGGGAUAAGGACAACGAUAAUGUCCAUGACAAGAACUGUGCGGAAGUCCACCGUGGAGCUUGGUGGUUUAAUUACUGCUCACUGGGUUUGGGUUCUAACUUAAAUGGUGUAUACCACGACAUAAGCUCAAUAUCUUCAGCUGAACAGGGUAUUUGGUGGGAAACCUUUAAAAGGGAACCCCUGAAAACGAGCAGCAUGAAAUUACGUGAAAUUCCUUAAUCUUUCUGAUAAUUCCAAGAGUUAGGGAGUGCAACCCUAACCUAAACCCUAACAUUAACUCUUACCCUAAUUUUAACACAAACCUUGACCCUAACCCUAUAUUAACCCUUAACCCCAACCCUAACCUUUCCCCUAACCCCAAACAGUGCAUCUUUUUCAUAAUGCGAUUAAUUGUGCGAUUCUUGUACAACCAUGGUACAACUACAUACAUGCAUUAGGCAUUAACUUUAAAUUGCCUGAUUAAUUGUGCGAUUCUUGUACAUUUUCUUCAAACUGCCUGCUUAAUUGUGCAAUUCUUGUACAACUACAUACAUACAUUAGGCAUUGACUUCAAAUUGCCUGAUGUGCGAUUCUUGUACAUUUUCUUCAAACUGCCUGGCUAAUUGUGCAAUUCUUGUACAACUACUUGUACAUACAUACAUUAGGCAUUUACUUAAAAUUGCCUGAUGUGCGAUUCUUGUACAUUUUCUUCAAACUGCCUGGCUAAUUGUGUGAUUCUUGUACAACUACAUAAAUACAUUAGGCAUUUAUUUAAAACUGCCUGAUUAAUUGUGCGAUUCUUGAACAUUUAUUUAAAACUGCUCGAUUAAUUGUGCAAUUCUUGUACAUUUAUUUAAAACUGCUCGAUUAAUUGUGCAAUUCUUGUACAUUUAUUUAAAACUGCUCGAUUAAUUGUACAAUUCUUGUACAUUUAUUUAAAACUGCCUGAUUAAUUCUGUGUUUCGUGUUCAAAGAAAAAAAGUACUACCGUAUAUAAAAAUUAUAAAAAAAAUUCUCUCCAUAAAAUUUGGCUGAAGCAGUCCACUUGUCUCUUUGUUACAACAGUGAUGAACUUUACACACUAUAGUACCACACAGACAAAAGCAUGAACAAACACGUACUUCACAGGAAAACUGGUUCCCAAAUUGCCCAACCAAUGUUAUUGUGAGAGUGACUAUUAUCUUCAAGUACGCGCUAAUCCUCCAAUCAGAUUCGCAGAAUGGAGUGGUGAUAAAA